AAUCUGAUCAAAACCAUUCCCUUCAAGUUCACCUCAAAAAAAAAGUCAAUCUUCACCUACAACUGCGUAAACUCCCGACGGAUCAAAAACCAUCAAAGUGUUUGAAAAAUGGGAAAAGAAGGUCUAACACCAUUUGGAAAUGCAUUAGCAGGAGCCAUCGGAGGAGUCAUAUCAAAUGCAGUAGUUUAUCCAUUAGAUACAGUCAAAACUAAAAUUCAAGCCGAUUCAACAGAUUCAGAAACAAAUAAAGAUUCGAUUCCAUCACCUGUACUUAAACGACAAAACGCACCAAAUCGUUUAACGAUACCUAAACUAAGUGUUCGUGAAGUGAUUAUGGAGAUUUUUAAUCAUCAAGGAAUCAGUGGAUUUUAUCGUGGGUUUUUAGCUAGUAUGUUAAAUACUUUUUCAAUGCAAUUUGCUUACUUUUAUUGGUACACAGUUGUAAGAAAGACUUAUGCUGCAUCAGUAUUUCCUAUACAAAAAGGCAAAGAUCGAACACAAAAAGAGCACUUGAGUAUCGCGACUGAAUUAGGUCUGGGUGCUAUAUCAGGUGCAAUUGCUCAAAUCUUUACGAUUCCUGUGUCUGUUGUGGCUACUCGUCAACAACUUGAAACAUCCAAAACCGAAUCCAAGUCAUUAAUCAAGACGGCUAGCGAAAUCAUUCAAGAUGAUGGAAUCACUGGUCUAUGGCGAGGUUUAAGACCUUCAUUAGUCCUCACAGUGAAUCCAGCCAUCACAUAUGGAAUGUUUGAACGUUUGAAAGUCUUCUUUCUUGGUGUGGAUGGCAAGAUGACACCUGGAAAAGCUUUCUUGAUUGGUGCUUUGAGUAAAACGAUGGCGACUGUGGUUACUUACCCAUAUAUUAUGGCAAAGGUUCGACUUCAAGCCAAGUAUGAUGAUGACAGUAAUGAUGAAGUAAACCAAAUAGCCGAGAAGGGUGAAAGUCAAUCAAAUUCAAAUGUCAAACGUAAUAAGAAAAAAGAACGCUAUAGCGGUGCAUUAGAUGUGCUGAGGAAGGUGGCAGCCGAGAAAGGUCUUGCUGGAUGGUAUCAGGGUAUGCAAGCUCAAAUCACCAAGGCGGUCUUAUCUCAAGCUUUACUUUUUGGAAUCAAAGACUUAUUAGAAGAUUACACUGUCUUAAUCCUAAUUCUAUUUUCUAAGUGGAAGAAGACUGUAGUUUGAAAUUUCAGUUUGGCAAUGGGAGCUGAAGUGUUUUUUUUGGGGGGCGUGUGUCUUGUUCCAUAUAUAUAUUAGAAUGAUAUUUAUAAAUGUUUUUUGUACUUUUACCCAUGCUGGUCCAAAAUCAUGGCAGGUAUAGCAAGUCUUAUAGCAAUUGUUACAAUACAAAAUAGAUAGAUAUUUGAUCAUUGCCCCAAUCUGGCAUCUGCAAACUUGGCAGUAUGACCAGAGAUUACCAUUGAUGUUUCUCAAGUGCAGUGACAAGAAUCAUGUUAAUUUGUGUCUG